AGGCCAUCGGAAGCGGAAGGUAUGCCGGAAGUUGCCUUCCGAGAGGAAUUUGUUCAUCCCCGGAGGGUUCCCGAAGUACCCUAUUCAUAUCGUUAGGGGUCUUAACGAAUGAGCUAUCUUUCUCGUACGUAGACCAGAUAGAAACCCUUAUAACCGUCACAUCUCUGCACAGGCAGAUACAAGGUCAUCACAUGACUUAAGUACAGGAGCACUCAGGAUGUCUGAGAACCAGGGGAACAUACCCCUAAACAACGCUAAUGGAAACCGGGUACGAACCCCCAACUUGAAUCAGAAUCCCCUCAUCAAUGUGCGCGACAGACUUUUUCAUGCGCUGUUCUUCAAGAUGGCCGUCACCUACGCAAGGCUAUUCCCUCCAUCUUUCCGUCGAAUAUUUGAAUUUUUUGUACUGCUUAAGGCCCUUUUGGUACUCUUUAUCCUGGCCUACAUUCACAUUGCCUUUUCCCGUUCUCCCAUCAACUGCUUGGAGCAUGUACGGGAUAAAUGGCCCAGAGAUGGGAUCCUUCGGGUGGAGAUCCAGUUGAAUUCAAGCCGUGCACCCAUCUUUCUGCAGUUCUAUGACAGUGAUACCUUUCCAGGACUUGUUAAGGAGCCUCUGGGGGAUGAAGAGGAAGAAGAAGAUGAGGAGGAGAUGUCUGUGGACAUGUACCAGAACAGUUCCAUAAAGUUUCAGUUGGAUAUCGAACCUAAAGUGUUCACAAAGCCAUCCUUAGAAAGUGUCACACAGACUUCCGAGAACCAAAGUCAGGCUUUAUCAUUCAGUGAUACUGCUAGUAAAGCAUGGCCUCAAGAAGAAUAUAUAGUAGAAUACUCACUGGAAUAUGGCUUUCUUCGCUUAUCGCAAAACACACGGCAGAAACUCAAUAUCCCAGUUAUGGUGGUGACACUUGACCCCACCCGAGACCUGUGCUUUGGGGACAGAUUCAGCCGCUUCCUCUUGGAUGAGUUUCUGGGCUAUGAUGAUAUUCUCAUGUCAAGUGUAAAAGCUUUGGCCGAAAAUGAAGAAAAUAAAGGAUUCCUAAGGAAUGUAGUUUCAGGGGAACACUACCGCUUUGUAAGCAUGUGGAUGGCUCGCACCUCAUACCUUGCUGCCUUCGUCAUCAUGGUCAUAUUUACUCUGUCGGUUUCCAUGCUCUUGAGGUAUUCUCACCAUCAGAUAUUUGUCUUUAUUGUGGACUUGCUGCAGAUGUUAGAGAUGAAUAUGAGUAUUGCCUUCCCAGCUGCUCCGUUGCUCACUGUGAUCCUGGCACUUGUAGGAAUGGAAGCCAUUAUGUCAGAGUUUUUCAACGACACAACCACUGCUUUCUACAUCAUCCUAAUUGUGUGGCUCGCUGAUCAGUAUGAUGCAAUAUGCUGCCACACCAAUACCAGCAAGAGGCACUGGCUCAGGUUUUUCUACUUGUAUCACUUCGCGUUUUAUGCUUAUCACUAUCGUUUUAAUGGGCAGUACAGCAGCCUAGCACUCGUUACAUCUUGGCUCUUCAUUCAGCACUCUAUGAUCUAUUUCUUCCAUCACUACGAACUCCCGGCCAUCCUUCAGCAAAUUCGAAUCCAGGAAAUGCUACUUCAGAAUCAGCAGGUGGGUCAAAAUCAGACCAGCCUCCAGGACAACCUCAACAACAACACAGCAUCAGAACCAGCUGCAGCAGCUCCCUCUUCUACACUUGGUGUUCCACUUCACCCGCAAGCAGCCACCAAUGCCCGCACAAUAGGAUCCUUUGAUGGUUCAGGGUCUUCCGUUGGAGUCUCGAGUGAUGCCCUUUCUAAUGUGGUCACACCUGUUGCACAGCCUGUAGAAGUUGAGAUUCAUCACACGUCUCCAGAUUUUGAUGAGCAUGUCCAAGAUAAUGAACCUACCGUUCCUGGUAUGAGUGCAGUGACGCAAACAGGAGACCCUCCCCCCAUUCCUCCGAGGGUUCCUUUUAGUAAUGGCCAGAAAAGCAAGACUGAGCUCCAGACUGAAGAGGCCACUCGGCUCACAGACUGCAGCCCACUGAGAUUCUCAGCAACUACUCUUGGGUUAGAGCAGGGUAGUCUCACAACUGCAGGCUCUUUAGUUCAGCUUGCAGAAGCCAUUGCACCAUUGCCGAGUGAUACAGAGCAUCCUCCAUGGGACUCAUGAGUUGGAUAUUGCUUCCACAUAUUGUGGUAGUAGCCCCUCACUUCUGGAAAGAAUGCACAGUGCCCUUAACAGGGAGUCGCAGCAUUAAUUCCUCAGCUAUGAGGAAUAGGGGCUCACAACACAUUUGCACCAGUACAUGUGUGUUGGUAUACAUGCAAACACAGUUACUGCAUUUUCAUUGUUGUUCGAAUUCUGACUGUAUCCCAGGAACUCUCAUAGAAACAAACAUACGUAAUCAUAACAUAAAAAUCAUACAUGAAUAUCUUGAUAUGGGAGCAAGACAAG